GUCACAUCUCCAAAACAUGGAUGAUUUAGCAGCUGUGUGCGUAAAUUGUCUGAAACAUUCAACUGGCUAUUUUUGAAACGCUGCUGUUGUCGCUCAAAUAGCAACUGUAAUUGAUCGGAAGAGAUAGCCAUUUUCUGAAUCAGUGCGGUAAUGACUAAUUAACAAUCAAUGUCGUUGAAUGACACCGGCGAGAAUUUUGUAUGCUGAUUGCUCGAAAUAAUUAGACUGAAUUUCGUCCAAUUACAGGCUGACGUUGAAGAUUGAGGGUUCAGAAUUUUUUUCUACCCUGUCGCCACCUAAGAUUGAAGUUAAUUUUAAUAUCAAUAUUUUUAAAUUAUCUACUCCAAUCAUACGGACCUCAUGCGUUACAUUCAGAUACAAUUUUGUCAAUGAUUUAUAUUAACUAUUCAUACUGUUAAUGAUAUAUUAUUUUUUUCUUUCAUCCAUAUAUUAAUGAAAAACUGUCUUGACUUUUUUCUUUAAUAACAAAACAGCCCACUAUCCAGUCUUAUAAACAGUUUAUGAAUGUACCUUUCACUUGUUGUUCUAUCAGUGCAGAUGGCAGUCUAAUUUGUUGUGGUACAGAAGUUUACAGAUUGAAAAAGAAACGUCGAAAACAUAACUCCAGAAAUAUUAGUGAAUACGAUGAGGAAACAGCUCAAUUAGUUUAUUGGGACACACGAAAUUUAUCAUCUCCGUCGGGUAUUAUUAAAGAUUUACAUUCAGAUGAUAUUGUUGAUGUAAAAUUCGACCCAACUUCUGUUCCUGGUUAUCUACGCCUAAUGGAUUGUUCUGAAGAUGGCGUAAUAUGCUUGUAUGAUAUGAAUGCAGAGGCGAUUUCACAGGAUAAUUCUCUUUUAUAUAUGUUCAAUUCAGAAUCAGUGGCUAGUUCAUGUGAUUGGUUAAUAUCACAUAAUGAUCUAUCUUCUAAUUCCGCUGCUGUUGGCGUCUAUUGCACAACUACAAUGCGAUCAAAUAUUAAGGCAUGGCCAAUACACCCAUCAAUGUUACAUAAUAAUAAUAUGGUUGAAGAAGAAAACUUCAAAGAAGACAAAGAAUCAUUCAGUUUAUCUGAAAAAGAUGAGGAAGAACUAACUGAGAAAACACGAUUAUGGAAUUCUAAGUUUAAUACGAAUAAUCCUAAUAGUGACGAUAGUGAUAAUAAGAUUUUAAAAGGUAAAAACUUUUUCAACAUGAUUCUAAUUCAAACUAAUUCAUCUGAUGAAUUUCUACUACUCGGUGACAGUAAUACCAAUGAUGAUAAUAAUAAUAAUAAUCAAAAUUAUCCAACAGUUUUCCAUUCAAAUCAUCAAUCAGAUUGGACAAUGUCUUAUUUGCCAUCAAAUAUCACUAUGAGGAAAUCUCAACCAAUUAAUAGUAGUUUUAAUUUACAAUAUGCCGAUUUUAUAGGUAAACUAACCGAUAAUCACAGUAAGGAUAAUACUAUGAAACAAUUAUGCUUUAUGGUUGGUUCACAAUCGACUGUGCUAUGCUCUUAUGAAAUAUCGUUAUCAACUUGA